AUGGCGAGCAUUGAAGAAGUUAAACAACGGAAAGAACGUGCGAUCAAUGAACUUGACGAAACGAAGAGGACAUUGGAGGCGUUUAAAGAAGAUGCGGCACAGGGAAAACUGUUGGGAAAGUUGAGGCUUUGGUUAGCGGACGUAAAGGAGGGGACUGCGGUGCAGCGAGCUGAGUGGAAGGAGACGGUAGUUGACCUCGCGGCGGAGAAGAAGCGUCUGGAGGAGAAGGAGGAAUACUGGGCGAGGCGUUAG